AUGCUGAAAGUGGUUGGAGCUUCGUGGUACAAGACCAAAAUUGGCAGCAUGAUCGUAUUGAGUGCGAUCAUACUUGCCCUUGGGACACUCUUUAUCAUCGACAUGGAGAGGCCAACAUUCGAUGGAACCUUCUGUGCUACCGUUUACUGGACCAAGAUGUCUGGAUAUCGUGUGGAAUUCUGGGGACAACAGAAUGAUCUUGAUUCUAUUCCACUUGGUGUAGCCAGAAUUUGCUACAAGGACACAAUUUUUGAGAAUGGCUGGUCUCAGAUUGAGAUUGAAACCAAUCCUGUGUAUUCUGAUCGUAUUCAGGCAACUGGAGCAGGGAUACUUGAAGGUGCUCUCACUUGGAAGAGUAUUUACUAUCAAUGGACAAACACCAUCAAUGCUCAGUGUUUGAAAGAUGAGGAUUCAGUGGCUUUCUGCUCAUGGGCCAGAAAGACUCUCUUGGUGAACUAUGAGAGUGUGAGGAAGAAGGCGGAGUUGAAUGCUGAUCACGAUCACUAUUGGUAUCAAAUACAAUUGUUUUACUAUCAGCUCGAAGGAUUGGAAUUUGGAUGGAGAAAAGGAAUUAAGAGAUCGGCUCUCAAGAGAUCUGGUCUGGAGAUUCCUCCUGAGGAUUUUUUGCUGAUGAAUGCUGGUGCUGAUCUUCGAGAUUUGAGGAUCUACUAUGAUCGUGUGAUCAUGGGGAGAUCGUCAGAAGCCAAUAAGGAUGUACGAUCGAGUAUGUUGCUGAAUAUCUUUGAAGAGAAUGGCAUCAUUAAGCUGCUAAUUGGACAUUCUGCUGCCAAAUCGUAUUCUUUGAUGCUGAGAAUUGUAAAGAAGUACAAAUUCAACUAUCACUUCUCCAGAGAAGCGAAGUCUCACGUGGUUCCUGGAUCAAAUAUCAUCUUCUCAGGAUAUCCGGGUGUCUUGGCAUCAACUGAUGACUUUUACAAGAUUUCAGGUCGUCAUGGACACUUAAUUGUUGCAGGAGUUGGGAUAGUUAAUAAAAAUUCUGAUCUCUGGCAUCAAUUGGAUUUGCGGAACAAUGUGAUCCUCUCGGCACGAGCAAUGGCAGCAAAUAGAUUGGCUUACAAUGGUCGUUCAUGGUCCAGGGUUAUGGCUAAGGAUCCAGGAACUGGAUCUAAGCAAUGGCUCAUUUCUGAUAGGAAAAUUCUCAGGCAUUUAAUAACAACUCGAAAAGCUGCAGAAUUCACAGAGAAAUCUUCAGUUCCGCCAGUUCUGGAAACUCAAACUGUCAAGAUGAGUACAUAUCAGCCGUUUGAGGAGAGCUCGCAGGAAAGUGUCCAGAUUAAGAGUGACUUUGAGACUCGGGGUUUAAUUUGGCUAGUUGAUCAACUUCCUGGGCGUCUCUAUGCAGAAGAUGUGACAGAAACUCUGUACAAGUAUGGAACAAUUUUCUGCAAUGGGAUACCCUAUUUCAAUGCCACUGUCGAAUUGAGCCAUGUUCAGGUGAAGAAUGAUAAGAAUAUCCCACGAAAUUUUACUGAUCUCGAUGAUAUUGGAUUGUUUCUGGGGCAGAGAGCCAGUCGUGGUGAUUUGCACGAGGACAAUCCAAAAGCAUACGGAAAUAUCGAUCUCAAGCUCUAUUCAGAAACCAAUUCCGGAGAGAUGGAAUUUCAUGCUAUUUCCGGACCAAUUAGUCUUCCAAUCAAGGAGUACACCUUUAAUGCCUUUACAACAACUUCUGAUGAUUCCAAUUCUUCCCUAAAAUCUUCAAAUCUUGUCAAGCAUGCUGAACCUUUCCGAUGGAGCGACUCCAAUCUUGCUGAAAAGCAUGUUGGACAUCCGGAUUCCUGGAAUUUUGACAAAAUGUCCCCAAAAUGGGCUUGGCAGUAAUAUCUUCCCUUUCCUCUUCAAAUUUUUGCCAGAAUAUUGUUUGUUUUAUUCCCAUACGUCCUCAAUAUAGCCCAUAUUGUCCGUUUUUACAAGAAUUUAGUAAAUUUUGCACGAAUAAAUAAAUUUUUGGGUGGAAA